AUGAGAGGGUAUCUUCAGACAAGCAGCAAAAUCCGCGGAGAGAAUGAGCAAUCACGCAGGGACAGUGAGCAAUCACGCAGGGACAGUGAGCAAUUACGCAGGGACAGUGAGCGACCACACAGGAACAGUGAGCGAUCACACAGGAACAUUAAGCGAUCACACAGGAACAUUAAGCGAUCACACAGGAACAUUAAGCGAUCACACGGGAACAGUAGGCGAUCUCGCACGGACAGUAGGCGAUCACGCAGGGAUAGUAAGCGAUCACGCAGGAACAGUAGGCGAUCUCACAGGGACAGUAGGCGAUCACGCAGGGACAGUAGGCGAUCACACAGGGACAGUAAGCGAUCACGCAGGGACAGUAGGCGAUCACGCAGGGACAGUAAGCGAUCACGCAGGGACAGUAGGCGAUCACACAGGAACAGUGAUCGAUCGCACAGGAACAUUGAGCGAUCACAUAGGAACAAUAGGCGAUCUCGCAGGGACAGAAUGCGAUCACGCAGGGACAGUAAGCAAUCACGCAGGGACAGUAAGCUAUCACGCAGGGACAGUAAGCGAUCACACAGGAGUAUUGAGCGAUCACACAGGGACAGUAGGCGAUCUCGCGGGGACAGUAGGCAAUCACACAGGGGCAGUAGGCGAUUACGCAGGGACAGUGAGCGAUCACACAGGAACAGUGAGCGAUCGCAUUCAGAAGGUUCUGUUUCAUGGAAACGGCAGUUAUAA